CAUGGUAUUACUUUUACUUAAAAAACAAUUCCGCGAAAUUAGCUGAAGCUAAGUGGCUUGAAGAAUUAGCCGUGAUAAUUUCGGUAAGCAAGAAUGCAACAAUGAGGUUAGUCGAGUUUUGCUACCCACCCAGCUAGCUAUUGGUGGUUGUUGUUGUUUUUUACCUGUUUUUGUGCUUUUUUCCAAGUCAAAAUUACGAAAAUAUUUUAGCAAUGAAUUCUUGGUGAACUUGAACUAAACUGUAGCAUUGUCUAUCAAAUAUUUCGAACAUUUCAUCUUCGGCCCAAAUGAACAAUUCACCUGAUUCCAGACGCUCCAUACUAGUCUAGUGUCGGACGUGCGUGCAAAAUUGAGACUGGCGCUGUAGCUGUAGCUGUAGCAUUGGCCUUAAAGUAUAUAUACAAUGCGUUUAAAUCCUUCCUUUUCUUAUGUAAAUCCUUCGCUUAUGAUCUAUAAAAAGUAGAACUGCAAUGCUCUGGUCUGAAUUCCACAGACCUCUAGCCCACCCUGUUCUGAGGCGCAUUUUAGAACAACUCUUAGUUUGUCAACGACUUGUCUGUCCAACAUGUAGGAGCCAGAGUCUGACCCAGAGCAGGAGAAAGAAGACGGCGAACCUGCAAAAGAAAAUUUUAUUGUGACACAAUCAGUGUGAGGGAUGCAGAGAGCAGUCAUCCGCGGGGAUCCAAGGAAGCAAACAUUUCACCUGAAUCAUUUGGGUGCCAUCAUGCAGGAUCACAGGAAUGGUAUGAAGCCAUUUCCACCACCAGUCAGCAACGACAGGAUCAUCUUAGAAUUCCCUCAAUGCUACACUCCAGAGGCCUCCUUCCAGCUGAAGACAGACUGGGACAUUCAGACUAAAGCAGCCUUUAAACACCAAGCUGCCAGGCUGCAGACAUUUUGUAAAGAUGUCUUUGAAAGAGACUACAAAGCCACAAUAGGAGUGGAUUUUGAGAUCGAGAGGUUUCAGAUAUUGGGAGUACCUUUCUCCCUUCAAAUCUGGGAUACAGCAGGGCAGGAAAAAUUCAAAUGCAUUGCAUCUACAUACUAUAGAGGCGCUCAAGUGAUUGUCACAGUGUUUGACAUGGCAGAUAUUCAAUCCUUGAAUCAUGCACGUCAGUGGUUGGAGGAAGCCAUGAGAGAAAAUGAUCCCAAUUCUUGUUUCAUCUUCUUGGUUGGCACCAAGACUGACCUUCUGCCCUCAGAUGAAAGGGAGAGAACUGAAAAAGAUGCUGUCCAUAUUGCAGCAGAGAUGCAUGCAGAGUUCUGGACACUUUCAGCCAAAACAGGGGAGAACGUGCAGGCAUUUUUCUUUAGGGUGGCUGGUUUGACUUUUGAAAACUGUAUAAUGAAGGACAUGGAGAAAGGUGUUCCAGCUAGUAUUGGCUGUGGGAAUACUAUCAAAUCGGAUCGUAUCACUCUCGCAGAGGGCACAUAUCCCAAGAAGAACAUCAUUGGACCCACUGUUACUGGGACCCCACUAUGGAGCCAGGCCUGCAGGUGGAGCACACUGGCAAGCCCCUGGUGGCCGGGCCUUAAUGCAUGGACCUCAGCCAGGGACAGCUUGAAGAGAAAACGUGGGCCCCCCUUCCUAUCACCACCUGUGGGAGGGGCCAAAGGGGUCAGGGGCACUGUGGGAUGGGUGAUGGCCAAGGGUUAGGACUUUGGUGGAAGUGGAUGGAUGGAUGGACAUAAAUUAAAACAUGGGUAAAAAUUCUAA